AGCAUUACGUCCAGGGUAGACGGACGAGAUCGACAUGCCAUCCCUCUACAUGCUUUAUCUCAAGGGACGCAGGCACAAAACAUUCUGGGGAGUAUCGAUAUUUGUCAUGGUAACCAUUUUAAUGUAUCAACAGCUACAUACGAAUGCAUGUGAAAGAUCCCAGAGCGUGAUCAGAGACUGGAAUAUUAUAUCUGUUGGUGACGGGGAGGAAUCUCAAUACAACAAUUUCAGUCUGAUUUCUGAUUCAUUUCUGGCAUCUCGACGUCAAUUUAUGAAAGAAGAAGUUCGACAUGUCGCGUUUCUUAAAGUCCACAAAACCGGAAGUUCAACGGUGACAAGCAUUAUUCAAAGGUUUGGAUGGGAGAGACGGUUAAAUCUUAUUCUUCCGAAUUCAAGUCCAAAUCUCAUCAGUCAAAAUGAAAGCAUCACCGAUACAAAUAUACUUCAUAUAAACAAAGAAGAAACAUUUGAUAUGAUAUGCAAUCACGUAAUCUAUAAUAGGGAAACAUUUCAAAAAUAUUUGCCAGAAGACACGGUGUACAUUGGAAUAGUAAGGGAUCCGUUUGAUCAGUUUGUAUCGUCCUUGUACUACUACAAGUACAGAUGGAGCGUACCCUAUCUAGCCCGUCUGCCAACAACGUACUCAAUAAAACACUUGUUAGAAAAUCCGAAUCAGUACGAACCAAAGGUUUUACAAGAAUCGUUUACGAAAAGCAGAAUGUCAGUUGACUUUGGAUUACCUCGGGAGUUAUUCUAUACGACCGAUAGAAACACAAUUCUUCCAUAUCUUCGAAAACUACGAUCAGAAUUUAAACUUGUUAUGAUCAAAGAGUACUUCGAUGAAUCUUUGGUUCUUCUUCGAAGAAUCUUGAAUUGGAAUAUAAGAGACAUUCUUUACAUAAGAAAAAAUACUUCAAAGUAUGUACCGAUGAAGAGUUUUCGGGACAGAUAUUUACAUAAACAACACUCCUUUCUGGAUUAUUGUUUAUACAAUUUCUUUGUCAGAAUAUUCUGGAGGCAAGUUAGACAACAAGGCGAAGACUUCCAUGCCGAAGUGUCGUAUUUCCGACAAAUGAGGCAUGCAGUGGAGGACUUCUGUGUUGACGUAGAGAAAAAUUCAGCGAAACGGACAAAGGUGUUUGAAGCAAAGGAAAAUGAAUUCCACUCGAACAUCAUCGUUAAUAGUGAUUACUGUGAGCUUCUUGCAUUGGAUGAAGUUGAGUUUUCAAAUAGAUUAAAAUGGCGACAGUUUCCACACCUUCGACCUUUUGGAAAUCGCAAAAGAAUUAAUAGAAAAGGAUGGCAAUAAAGAAAAUGAUCAGCAGUUUAUUCCAACGACGAUGCUUAUGCAGACGGAUGAAGAUGUUGCCCAAUCCUAUUCUUCUGAACGAAAUAUUAUUGAAUUAAGAUUUAAUGGACCUCUAUUUAGAAAUGAUUUUCCAAUGAUGCCCGUAAUUUACUUUUGCAGCCGAAACAGUUUGGAAAAAAAUCAAACAAAUCUUUCUUGUCUUCAAUUGAUAUUUAUAUGAUCGGUGGUUAUUCAUCCAUGAUAUAAUUGAUUGUUGUAUCUUGCAAUCCAAUGAACAAAAUAAUCAAUGCAAAUACUGUAUAAUGUGACGUCACAAUAUUUUUUCAGAGAGCUACAGUUCUGAAGCUAUGCAAAUACUCGAAUAUUACCAUACAAUGUAUGUUGUGGAGAAUUUUCGCUGAAAAAAAUGUAUAUCAAAUACU